UGGAGGAUGACAGUGUGGGGGUGUGGGCAGAGCUGGGGUGAGCUGCACRAGCCUUGUCCUUGCUCUGUUCUGCUGAAUUCUGGGUUUCUCUCUGGGCACAAGGAUUGGGAAUGAGCCCAUACAGGGGAGGAUUUCUCCUGGAGGCCCGGCUCCCUGCCCCAGACCCGCAGAGGUACCUGCUUAGGUGGUCAUGUUCUUGGGGUGAUGGGUGUCAUGCCCUGCUGAGGGCUGGGGAUGAUUUUCCUCCUCUUCCUCCUUGGAGGGCGGAGUGUUUUGGGUGAGGCUGAGGUGGCUCUGGAGUAAAAAGGUGAAGUAAGGAGGUACAUGGAGAGAAGAGCAUCAAAGACAGCAAAUACUGGCUCUUUUAAUGUCCUGGGGAACAGCACAAUCUUCCCUCUUGAGGAGGAGUGYUACUCUGCUGUCAGAUGUUGCAGCUGGGGCGGUGUGAGCAUUAACACCUUGCAGAGCCUCCCAGCACUUCCAGUGUUCCAUGGAAGUUCCAAGGAGCCUGUGGAGAACUGAAUCAGCAGCAGUCAGAGCUCUGCAGAUGAUGAACUUCACUGGGAUGUGAGUUCUGGGCUGUAUGAGCUGUCCUGGGGCUCAGUUGGUGCUGCCUGACAUGAAGCCAGUGCCUGGAUAGUCGGGGCAUACUCCUUGGAUGACCUGAGCCCAGCAGCUUCCAGGGAUCCAAAUUGCUGCUCAUGCCUUUGGCAGCAGGAGCAGCUCUUUAGCUGUCUCUUGAUCAACAUAAUAUGCAGAUUUUUGGGAUGAAAUUGGAGCUGAAUAACUAUCACAUGCCCUUGAAGACAUAAGACUAAAGCUCACUCUUUUACCCCUGGUAAAUCUAGUUUUAAUGAUCACCUGAUAUCUUUACCUGGAUCUAAAAAAUUAAUUUGAUGUUCUCUGGUGUAUUUUUCUCUUGAGCUGUCCCAAAAGGGAUUUGGUUUGUGCUGCAGCACAGGGAGGCCUUUACAGCCAUGCUGCCCUGCCUUUUGAGGGUUUGUCCAUACCCUGCUGAUCCUCACAGCCAUGCCAARGAUGUCCCCCUGCUGUGGCAGCAUAUGUGGCACCAGAAGCUUUGGUUUUAGUCACUCUGAGCUGGUGCAAAAGUGGGCUGAGCUCUCUGAGUCAGUGGAAAAGCUGACAUGCUGGCAUGAGGUGGGAAUGGCUCUUUUGAUGGGGGACCCCAGGAUUGCUGUUGAUUUUCACAUCAAGCUGCCUCAGAGCUGUGCCAAGCACCUCAGAGCCCUGUACUGUGGACUUGAAGCUGAGCCUCUGGUCAGUCUGAUCUCUGGGAUUAGCUUGCAAGAAGAACUGGCACUGUGGGAUGAAAGACAAACUGAGCUUUCCUUACGCUGGAGCCUGUCCUUGUACACCCACAGCCUGCAGAAGUCCUCAGAAGAACUGGCACAGUGUGAGAAGGGCCUGCUAAUUCUUCAACAGCUGCUGGAGAUGCCAGAGGGCCCAUCAGUGAGGCAGUUCCAGCUGCUGACCUCCCCUUUUGUGGGACAAGUGGUGACCAAGGUGGGGGGAAGCAGCCGGAAGCUCAAUGUGAAUGACCUGAAUGCCCUGAGGCUCCAGGACUCCCAGGUUCAUGGGAAGAACUUGUACCUGGCAUUUGUGACAGCUGGAGGUCCCUUCAGACCAACUGCAGAAGGGACAGUGCUGCAAACAGAGGCUGCUUGUGGGGCACAUAGUCCUGCCCAGGGAGGGCAAGGGCAGGUUGGUGCCCCACAUUCCCAGGAUAAGGAGCUGCARGAACUCCAGCACUCACAAUCUGAAGUCCCAGAUGGAGCAGAGGGUCCGGGCAAUUGGCUGCGCAUCCAUUUCGGCAUGUUCGGCAGCAUCCGGGCUAAUGAGUUCUCAAGGGCAAGAAGAGCCAAUAAAAGGGGAGACUGGAAGGAUCCUGCGCCCAGGCUGGUUCUGCACUUUGAGAGYGGAGGUUUCCUUGUUUUCUACAACUGCCGGAUGCUGUGGUGCUCCUCUCCAAGGGCUGAUCCUUCUUCUGACAUCCUGUCUGUGGAAUUCCACCGUGGCCAGGCGCUGCGUGCCCUCCGUGCACCCGACCCCAUCUGCUACACCCUCCUAGACCAAAGACAUUUUUCAGGGCUGGGGAACAUCAUUAAGAAUGAGAUCUUGUACCUGGCCAGGAUCCAYCCAUUAACACCAGGCUCCCUCUUGGCUCUCUCAGAUCUGGAGCAUCUGCUGGACUGCAUUGUUCRGUUCAGCUCUGAGUGGCUGCACAACAAACUGCAUGGCCAAGGGCUGCACCCCAAGGUGUACCAGAAGGAGCAGUGUCCCCUGGGGCAUCCCCUGAUGAAGGGGACUUUUGGACCCCCGGGUGGCUUCAAGAGACUUACAUGGUGGUGCCCUCAGUGCCAGCCUGARGUGCUGCCAAGGGAUGGAGACCCUYCCCCAGUCACAGAGUGAUCUGUCCUGAACAGUGCUAGGUACUCUCUGAAUUCACCAUGGUUAGUUGUCCUAGAAAGUCUUCAUGGUUUCUUUGAAGCUUUUGAGUUUGGUCCUUAGGGAGCUGGCACUUAGAGUUAAGUGCUCAGUGAAGGUCCCAAGUCAUCUGAAUGGCUGCAGACAUGGAAGUGUGGUUGUCUAUGAUUUUUUGUUACAGUGGCACAAAAGUGUCAAAGGUUUGACCAGUUCUGAGGUGUUUUGGCCACCCU